AUGAAGGAGAAAAAAAGAAAAAACAACAACAAAAAAAAACAGGAUUGUUACAAUAAUCCAGGAAUGGCAGCUCCUGCCAUUACCAUCAGCAAUUCUUGUCCUGCGAACCUACCGAAUAUUAAAAGGGAACUAACAGAAUCAAUGGUUGCAGGCAUGGAACUCCAUUUUAAAAGUCCCUCUAUGAAAAUGCAUCGUGCUCUUUUACCAGAAGCUGAAGCCAGAGCACUAGCCAAGGAAAGGCAGAAGAAGGACAAUCAUAACUUGAUUGAAAGGAGGAGGAGGUUCAACAUUAAUGAUCGUAUAAAGGAACUGGGUACGUUAAUCCCAAAGUCCAAUGACCCGGACAUGCGUUGGAACAAAGGCACUAUUCUAAAGGCAUCUGUGGAUUAUAUUCGAAAACUUCAAAAAGAGCAACACAGAGCAAAAGACUUUGAAACACGACAGAAGAAACUGGAACAUGCCAACAGACACUUAAUACUGAGGAUACAGGAACUUGAAAUGCAAGCCCAUGCACAUGGAUUACCACUGGUUAACCCUUCUGGCCUCUGCUCACUUGAUAUUACUGGACGGAAUAUUAAAUUAGAGCCAGUAACUGAUGAGUGCCACAGCGAUAGCUUACAACACCACUCAGGCCUUUCUCGCACUACUGCUGCUACUACGCUGAAUCUGUCUGAUGGAACUCUCACCUUCAAUGAUAACCUUGGACAUGCUGGCACCUACAGUGCUCCCACAAAAAUGGGUUCCAAGCUAGAUGAUAUUCUGAUGGACGAUACUCUGUCACCUGGGGAAGCAACUGACCCACUCCUCUCAUCUGUAUCACCUGGUGCUUCAAAGACAAGCAAUCGGCGAAGUAGCAUGAGCGUGGAAGAUAGUGAAAAUGGGUGUUAGCGCGCAAAGUGUUUUUUUAACUCUUCAUCUGAUACUUCAUUUUUCCUUAAAGUUCUCUUUGUGUUUUUUUUUAAUUUAGCUUAAAAAGAUCUUGUGUUGCAACUGUAGACCGAUUUAUCAGUCCAAUAAAGUCAGCAGAGUUAGUAGAAAUAAAUGGAAGCAUUGGAAAAACAAAAACAAAAAAAAACAGGAUUGUAUUUGAGGUUUGUCCUCAUCUC